AUGCAUAGCAAAGAGCCCUCUACAGCAAACGCCUCGCAGUCCAUAUUCUCUCCUCACGUGUCCCCAUGGGACCAGGUGUUCGAGGACAUCAAAGACAUUCAAGAUCCAAGACCGCCGACGAGCAACCCGCGUUCCCUGAAGAUGUCCGCUGGCCUCCGUGCGAGGAGUCCCCGUCAGCAGACCGCGACCGCACGCGAAACCGAGGUCCUCACCGACAUGUUCUCCUCCGUCUUCAGCGCAUCCAGUAGACUCAACACGCCUGGCACGCUCGGCAUCGGUCGUCCGCAAACGCGGAACGACAUGAAACAGCUGUACGGCAAGCUGCGCUCGCACACCCAGCGGCUGCGGUGGACGACGGAGGCGGACCAGGAGCUCGACCGGAAAAAGGAAGAGAUGGAGCUACUGGAGACGGACGUGGCGCUGCUUGAGUGGGCGAUGCGCGAGGUCUUCGGUGAGUCGCAGCGGUACGAGUCCGUGACCACGCCCACAUCCGCGGAAGACGGCGUAGCGGAACCCGCGCAGCCGGAAGAGCCCGUGUUACACCCGUCGUCGUACCCGAUCCUCCUCGCCGCGCUCAUGCGCACAUUCCGAGACAAGUACAAAGACCCGAACCUCGCGCUUUCCAUGUUCGACCACGCACGGCACCUGUCGAUAUCCUCCUUCGUGUUCGGCUGCACGACGCCCGCCUACAACGAGCUCAUUGAGACGCGCUGGCGAUGCUUCCGCGACCUUCGCGGAGUGGUCGAUGCGCUGGAGGAGAUGCGCGUUAACGGAAUCGAGCUCGACAACCGCACGCGACAACUCGGGGAGACGGUCCGGCGCGAGGUCGGCGAGCGCGACCUGUGGCAGGAGGACAGCCCACUCGGAACAGGCGAGGUCUGGGAGCUCGUCGCGAGUAUCGAGCGGCUCACCGUCGUGAACAAGCCGCGGCGGUUCAAGGGCUCGGCACGGAACUUGAAGGAGGAUGUCGGCCACGUUCGCAGGCGCAAGUGGAGUGCGAACCAGGAGGCGUGGAAGCAGAAGGUGCUUGAGGACGGCGGGAAGCCCACGUACCAGUUCGAGCGGUUGGCACCGAGGAGUACGUCCCAUGCGUCGUCGAUACCCUCGUCAGAGGGCCAGGCGCUGAAGGACGCGCUGAUGAGGAGCUCAUGA